UUCCCGGCUUAUCCACCGCUUACGUCCAGCUACAUUUCGUGCCCUCGCGAAUACGAACCGACCCCUCACCAACAGCGACGAGACAAAACCUUCGCCAAAAAACCCGUCAUCAUGUCCCGUGAAGCCUACCAGGUCCCGGCUCAGCUGAACCAGAAUGCCUUCAGCACCGAUAUGGGCGCCAGCUCCGGCGACGGCCCCACGGUCUACUACCGCUGCGGCGAAUGCACCGAUCGCGUGUCGCUGAAGCGGGGCGAUCAGAUCCGUUGCAAGUCCUGCGGUUACCGUGUGCUCUACAAGGAGAGAACGAAGCGUAUGGUCCAGUUUGAAGCCCGAUGAGCUCGGAUUUGAUUUAGUCGCUCGAAAGGGAGAGAGGUGUGGAUGUCUCAAUACGUGGAUGGAGAGAGGGAUGGCUUUGAACUGCCUUUU